CCAGUUUGCAAGGGCAUGCAAAGAGUCAAAUGGAUCCAUUCCCUUCCUGUUGUUCCUUUCAUACUUUCCCAACAGAUUUUCAUUUUGAACAUUUUUCUGGGAAUUUACCUAAGUAACUCACUUUCUCCUUUUGCUGCUGUGUUCCCAGGAUGCCAAGUGCAUGACUUUGGAGAUUUGGAUUUCACUCAAGUUCCCAACGAUGAACUGUACAACAACCUGGUUUUGUAUCCCCGGUCGGUGGGUUUGGCCAGCCAGGUACUGGCUGAUGCUGUCAGCAGAGCAGUAGCUGCUGGACACAGAUGUGUGACUCUAGGAGGUGAUCACAGCUUGGCACUUGGUUCCGUCAGUGGCCAUGCACAGCAGUGCCCACACCUUGGAGUGAUCUGGGUGGAUGCACAUGCUGAUAUCAACACGCCCCUCACAACUCAGUCUGGAAGCCUCCAUGGACAACCUCUCUCAUUUCUCUUGAGAGAGCUUCAAGAUAAAGUACCACAACUUCCUGGCUUUUCCUGGGUAAAGCCCUGUCUUUCAGCAUCUGAUAUUGUGUACAUUGGUUUGAGGGAUGUGGAUCCUGCUGAAUACUAUAUUUUGAAGAAGUAUGACAUCCAGUAUUUUUCCAUGAGGGAUAUUGAUCGCCUUGGAAUUCGGAAAGUUAUGGAAAGAACAUUUGAACAACUGAUGGGCAGGAGACAGAGACCAAUUCACCUGAGUUUUGACAUUGAUGCUUUUGAUCCCUCACUGGCUCCAGCAACGGGGACUCCUGUUCUAGGUGGAUUAACUUACAGAGAAGGCAUGUACAUCACAGAGGAAAUACACAACACAGGAAUGCUUUCAGCUGUAGACAUGGUUGAAGUCAAUCCAUUGCUUGGAGCUUCUCAAGAAGCAGUGAAUGCAACUGCUAGUCUUGCAGUUGAUGUGAUAGCAUCGUGCUUUGGGCAGACAAGAGAAGGAGCACACACCGCUUUUGAUGGACUCCCAACACCCAGUUCUCCAGAUGAAUCUGACAGUGAAGAGCAAGUGAGGAUUUAAGAACCCAAAGCAGUGGGUAUAUUGGACAUUGCAGAGCUCGGCUGAGGCACUUCAGUGGAUAGAUUGUCAACACUUGGCAAAUACUGUUAACUUCUCAAUUUUUAAAUAAACUAGCUUUUCCAUUGA